CAACAACCUCCACCACCUCCUCCUGCUCUGCCCGCCAUGUUCUGGAGGAGGAGAUACGUGUAGUCCUGGCUUUAGCUGGCUUAGCAUUAGCAACACAUAGCUAGGCGGAGGCGCAACAAGCUCCUUAAACGCCCAAACAAGUACUCUGCCUCGGGUUUUGUCCCCCCACUCUCUCCUUUUGGAAUUAGCUACAUUCGUUUGUCGGUUUGACGCCCUUAGAGUAACACGGAUACCUAAAAAGAUUCUGGUGAUGGCAUGGUCAUGUGUUCUGCCGGCGCUGUGUGUGUGGAGAUGGUUUUAACAGAAGCUGUGUUGGAGGACUCGGGAACGCUGCACUGGCCUGGAGGAGCCUUGUAAACAAACGCGCACAUCCACCAGCCACUUUUUUUUUUUUUACACAAAAAUAUUAACAAAAACCACCGUGACGUGACAGAGGACACAGAAACGCGGCCACGCAGCACAAGCGUCACCUGAAGAGCACAUUUGUAAGUUCUGGGUGCGUGUAACUCAAACGCUGUUGGCGUCCCAGCUCCUGUCCCGUGUGAGAGUGCACAUUUUAUUCCUUCUUGUCUGUCCCAUCUUCACCGCCACCAUGCCAAGCACCAUCCGCCGGCAGAUGAAAAAUAUGGUUAACAACUACUCCGAAGCAGAGAAGAAAGUCAGAGAGGCCACGUCCAAUGAUCCAUGGGGCCCGUCAUCUUCACUCAUGUCGGACAUUGCUGACCUUACUUACAACGUGGUGGCCUUCAGUGAAAUCAUGAACAUGAUCUGGAAACGACUCAAUGACCACGGCAAGAACUGGCGCCAUGUCUACAAGGCGCUCACCUUGCUCGACUAUUUGAUCAAGACAGGCUCCGAGAGAGUGGCCCUGCAAUGCAAAGAAAACAUCUUCGCCAUCCAGACUCUGAAGGACUUCCAGUACAUCGACAGAGAUGGCAAGGACCAGGGCAUCAACGUCAGGGAGAAGAGCAAGCAGCUAGUGGUCCUACUCAAAGACGAAGACCGCCUCAAAGGAGAGAGGUCUCAGGCUUUGAAGACCAAAGAGCGUAUGGCCCAGGUUUCCACAGGGAGCAGUCAUAUGGGUUUUGGCCGAGGCUCGUCUCAGCCCAAUCUUUCCACUUCCUACAGUGAAGAGUAUGGCAGAUCAGAGGGGUCACCUGCUUCCUACCAUGGCUCCACGUCGCCAAACGUCGGUUCAGAACUGGAACAGGCCAGACCUCAGACCAGCGGAGAGGAAGAGCUGCAGCUGCAACUUGCUCUGGCCAUGAGCAGAGAGGCUGCAGAGCAGGAGGAGCGCAUACGCCGAGGGGAUGACCUGAGACUACAAAUGGCCUUGGAGGAGAGUAAGAAAGAAGGUCCAGGCUCUGCAAAAGUUGCCAAGAAGAAAAAAGAGCCACAGUCAUCUUUGAUGGAUCUAAUGGAUGUUCCUGAGCCUGGUGCCAGCGCUGACCCCUGGGGUGCGGGGGCUGGGGCUGGGGCUGGAGCUGCCGCUGCAUCAGCAGACCCAUGGCAGCCUUAUGGAUCUGCCCCUAAGCCAGCAGCUUCAGUGGACCCAUGGGGCACUCCUGCUUCUGUUCCACCCAUAAAGAGCAGUGAUCCCUGGGCGCCCAACUCCACUCCUGCUUCUGAUCCAUGGAGUUCUGCAGCUGCCCGCCCCAAACCUUCCAACACAGGUAGCUUUGACCUGUUGAACGCAUCCAAUGGUACGUCCAAAGAAGACUUCUCAGAGUUUGACAGCCUGCGCUCUUCCUCCUCUGUCCCCACUGGUGAUUUGGGCAUUGCAUCUUCUGUCCCUUCCCAAGUCAGCCUGGCAAGCAGUGGCAGUCUGGACCUCUUUGAUCCCCUUCCCACCUCAACAUCUACUUCUGUCAUCACAAACCCAACUAGAAAGACUCCCGAGUCCUUCCUGGGUCCCAAUGCUGCCCUGGUCAAUCUAGACUCUCUGGUCACCAAACCUGCCCAGCCUGCACCAGUUGUCAACCCAUUCUUGGCUUCAACAGGUGGCUCUGCUCCAGUGCUGGCCAACCCCUUCCAAGUCAGCCAGCCAGCUCCCCCCACCCUCAACCAGAUGCGCGUCAGCCCGAUGCCCGCUGGCUUUGGCAACGUGGCAGAGCCCAUGAACCUCUCCUCCCUGCCUGCUCAGCCCAUCGCCAUGGUCCCCCUGGCAGGUAUGGCCCCCAUGGGCCACUCAGUGCCUGGAAUGGGUGCUGUGGGAGGGAUGGGAACGAGCACAGGGAUGAGCGCGGGGAUUCCAGCCUCCAUGUCCAUGCCUCAGCCACUGAUGAGCAUGCCCCCCCAGGCCGGGACGCAGAACACCGGAACCACCAACCCUUUCCUUUUGUGAAAGGAUGAUGGGGAGGGACACUUUGGAGUAACCCUUCCUUUCUCUUCAAUUUUAGCCCCUCAAGAAGCUUCAAAACGAACAAGACGUCUUAUCCCCAUUAUCAAUUUAUAACCGACUCCAAGCCAGAUCCCAGCCUGGCCUUCUCCUACCUUACCACACUCCCCG